AUGGCAACCGCGUGUAUACACGCGCAACCACCGCCGGCCGGCCGGCCCGGUCGGGUCAAAAUGGCGGCGCAGGGCAUCCACUCGAGUUCUCUGUACUAUGAGGAGUCUCUCACUUCCUUAUCGACGCCAGAACAGGCGCCGCCCCAGCCCCCGUCCUCGAGCUCGGUGUCGAAGACGCCCCUGGAGUCUAAGGCGAGCACCCCGGGCCCGCUGCUUCGCUGUACCAGUCCGGAGGACUCGUUGCCCCUCGCCGUGUUUUAUGGGCCGUUGGACGCGAAAAACCCGCUCCUGGCCUCCUUCGAGAAGGAGAUCCGGGAGUUGUUAGGUUUUAUGAAGAAAAAGAAGGCUUUAGCGACGACGGAGGGACAGAAGCACGAAUUCCACCGGCGAGGUGCCACCUCUUUGUUUAAUAUCUGGACCAAAUACGCCCCCAGGCUGCCAGCUGACUAUUACAAUGAAAAGCUUCUGAAGGUUGGAGAUAGCCUUUUUCAAAUGAAAGAAUACAAACUGGCCCUUUUACAGUGCUAUGGAAGAUAUCUUCAGCAGUUCAGUAUGGAUUUUGAUGAGAACAAAGCUGAUGUGAAUCAAUUCAAAACUGUCUUUUUUCCGAAAGGCUUUGGGGAUAAAGCUGCUGGACUUACAUUUCAUGCUCUAAACGGAAAAAAUAUUUGCAACUACCAGCUGGUCUGCGACAGUGAUGUAAAGCUGCAGAAUAAAGAAUCUGUGAGCCAGUGUCUGCAGAUCCUGUCUUCCUUAAGGCUCAUCAUGCAGGUGGCUCUGCCGCAGGAGCACCUUUGCUGGAUUAUCUUCAAUGGUACCAUUUACAUUUAUACCAUUUGCAGAAAACUGAUGGUCAUAGGCCAGUCUUCCAAGGCCUUGGAAUACCUGCUGUGGGCCAGUGUGUGCAUGGAGUCCUCAGUGCCGCUGCUGUCCAUCAGGUACCUGACGUGGAGAACUACUCUUUACACUGCUGUUUGCCAGUGCUACUAUGACUGCCAAGCUGGCAUGAAUGGAGAGGCAUUUGCUCGGCGUGCUUUAGGCAAAAUUGAAGAGUUGAGGCAACUGGAAGUAAUGAGUUCCUCACAAUCACAGGAAGAAUCCAGAAGAUAUUACAGAGAGGCCGCAAUAAAGAUGGCAGUGAUGAUCUUCAAAAGAGGGAUAUUUGAAUCACGAAGAAAAAACAAAGUCUUCUUUAGACCAAAGACAAGGAUUAACUUGAAGGAAGCACAAAGUUUGCCAUGGCCACGUACUGUCACAGAGCGGCUGUUGGAUGAGAUGUUUGAUUGCACUUCAAUUCGGUUUCUUGCUGUUGUGGAGGCUCUUUCUGACUCAAAUAGGCGAAUACUGCAAACUGGACCUGUUGUUACAGAAGAAGUGGAGAUUCGUGACGUUGUCUCAGAACUGUUCAUGGCAGGAAAAGAACUCUUGCUAGUUUCAAAUAUGGGUACAAAUGGAACAUUUGAUUUCCCCAAAACACCUCUGAUGGAACUUAUGAUAGAAAGAAAAAAUGUUAUUUCUUUGGAUGCUGCUGUGAAAUUUAUAAAAUUAGCUUUUACUUAUGAGGAAUGGAGUUUAUUUGAAUCUUCAGCUUGGCAGCUUAUUUAUUUUCUCCAGGGGCAAGAUGAUCCAGAGUCAAAGAAAGCAGAGAAAAAUUUGACUCUCUUGAUUGCGAUAGAACCACUGAUCAAUGUAAAGAGGAACAAAGGUUUGAUACUUCCUUUGGAAAACCAUAAAGAAGGACAGACAUCUCAAACUUAUUUAAAACAUACUACUUUUCAAGAUACUUCUGGGAAGGCUUCUGGAUAUUCAGAAGAUAUUUUCCACUUGGCAGCAACUCUGUAUUCCUGUGUCUGCUCCUCUCCUCAGGAUGUUCUGCCUGAUAAAGAAAUCAUCGUGGACAUGAUAAUGUUCCUGUGGCAGAAAUGCAAAUUAGGAAUUCAGCGAUUCAGUAUGACUGGAAGUGAUUAUGCAAAAUUCACCCUGAAAAUCAGUACUAACAAAUGGGUUUAUCUUCUGUGGCAGAUAAAUGAAGUCAUUCAUUCCUGUAAGAUGGAAGACAUUGAUGUGGUGGUGGUGGCAGAGGUCACACUACGAUUAAGUGAAAUACUGGAGAAUCUAGGAAGCCCACAAAGAAAAUUUAAAAAUUUAGAUUUGUCUUCAAGAAAAGCUACUGAAGAAUCCCUGGGGACUCCAAAGGGGAUCCCUGAAAUUCUUCCAAUAUUAAAGAAAAAACCCAUGGAGCUGUUAUCUUUUGCUUAUGAACUUCUUGACAAAGCAAUUGAUGGAAUAAAUUUGAAUUGCAUGUUAACUACUUUGCCAAAUGGAUCAUCAGUAAUUGACCACUGUUACGCCAAGUGCUCCAAAGAUGCAGCUGGAGACACUUACAAAUCAAUCACAGCCAACAGUUUCAUGAUGGAUUUGCAUCUUGAAUUAAUUCAAGCUCAGCACCGAGUUGCCAUCGUGCUUCUUGACCAAUUGCAAGUUUUUCAGACUCCAACUGUUAGCAAAUGUGUUUCUACAAAAAGUCUGGAAAAGUUCAAACAACCUGGAAGCACUGAUUGUUUUACAGAAUUAAGCAUAAUGAAUAAAAUAAAGAAGAAUAAAAUAUCCAAAGCGAUUUACUUGAUGCAGAAAGCUCUUUUAAUAUUUGAGAAAGAUACAACUUCUACAUGUUCCUGGAACUUUUUGAUGGAAGCCUAUUCUUUAAUUGAGAAGAUUGAAGCAGAACAAAAUGCCCUAUAUUCAUAUCAAGACUAUUUGAAAAGUUCAAAAAGAAAGAAAAGCAGAGUUCCUCCUCCACCUAUCCUGCUAUCCCGAACUCAUUGUUCUGUGACACUCAAACCUGCUCCAUUUAUUUCUGAUGUUAAGGUCUCCUGGUACUGCAUUUUGGGUUGCAAAGCAGAAGGAAGCUAUGGAAAAGUGAGGCUAAACAAUAACCAUCUCCCAAACUCUGGAGAAGCGAUACCAGCUGAUGGUAGAAGCAUUUUUGAAGUGAAAGGUUUGGAAACAAAUGAAAAAUACAUAUUUGCAGUUGCUGCUUAUUCUUCUAAUGGGAAGCUUGUCGGUGAUGCUAUUGGGGAGACAACGAAACCAAUUUUGGUUUAUCCACCUCUCUCUGCUGUUACUGCUCGCAUGUUCCUGACACAGCUCAGUCUCAUGAAAUAUGAAUCAUUCCUUCUAUUAUUAGUUGCCUAUCAGGUUGGUAACUACGACUUGGCUAAGAGAGUUUUCUCACCAGUUUGGGAUUUCUUUGUUGCUUCCCCGCCUCAGGAUGAACAGUCCGUUGUUUGCUUAAGCAGUAUAAUGACUGUUAACCAGAGAAGGUUGCAUUCAGGUGUUUUGGCGGAAAAUUCUUCAAUUCUCUUGUACCUUUUUCUGAGAAAUAUUUUUGUGACAAGUGACAUUAAAAUUAAAGAAGAAAAUAUUUUCUGUGAUAAUAUUAAAGGCAAUGAGAUUUUCCCUUCUCAACAAAUGGCUAGAGUGAUUGAAUGUGAGAGAAUAUUAGUGGCCUUGGAAAUUAGCACCUUCCUAAAUGAUUCCAGUUACACCCUUCAAUCUGUGACUCAAUGUUAUGGCCUCCUUGCUCCUAUAAUCUAUCACAAUAUUGUGUUGGUACCUGUUGUACAGAUCUUGAUAAAGUGUAUGUUGGUUUUGCAAGGACUACCAAAUAUUGGUCACUCGAAGAAACAUCUUUUGAGUUUUGAAAGUGUACAGCACAUGAUAGCUUGUUGUAUCUUCUAUAUAACAAAGAUUCUCCGCUCAUGGAAGGAAUAUGAUCUGGCAGUGACGAUUAUAAAUUAUGGAAAAAAGAUGUUGGAUAUCACAUCAGAGUGCAAAUCUCUAUUUGGUAAUAGUGAGCAAGACGAAACACCAGAGGAGAUUUCCACUAAGAAGUUUUUAAAGACUAGGAGGCCACAGCAGAUAUUGUUGCCUGAAAAAAUAAAUGAGCAGCUGGCCUUGUUGGAGACACACCUACUAAAGAUGACAAAGCAAUACGCCGCUGCGGAGCUGUCGGGAGCAGAAGACCCUGUCUUUCUCUACCCGGUGGUUCUGAACUGGUCAGUCAAAGGUGCCGUGAGGGAAGUUAUGAAAUUUAAACAGAGACCUAGAUUCUUGGAAUUCUUUACACAAGUUAUGCUAAAAUGCAUGAAUGAAGAAAAAUUUCACCUUGUGGUAGAGAUAACAAUUCCUGUCCAUGAAUUUUUGAAAAGGAGGAAUGAGACCCUCCUUGGAGCCAAAAGAGUAAAACAUAAGGAAAAUGCUGUUUCUAAAAAGGCAAAGAAACCUUUCAAGAAGUUCAAAGCUGCAGUAAUGGAAAUCGGAAGAAAUGUAGAUAUGAAACCAAAAAGAAGACAGAAAAAAAGGGAUACUAUCAAGGAAUUUUUUGCCAAAAAUCCAGUAAUUUUGGAAAUGCCGGAACAUGAAAGAAAUAAGAGAGCUGAUGUUAGAAAAAUAGCAUAUCGAUGCCUGACACAUUACUUGAAUCCUGUAAUAUUAAAUUAUGUUCAAAGAAAGAGGUUUCAUCAGGUAUUUCUUGAGGAGAUGCCCUGGAGAGCUCAGAUGAACCUGUAUCUGGCAAGCACACACUUUAACCUGCUUCUACAAAAGCUAAAGGAGCAUCCAAAGACGAAAUCUGGCACCUCACAUGCAACAGUCAGUUUCCGAUCAUGUGAUCCUAAUAUAUUCUCACUGUAUAAUUCAGGAACAGUGUUACCAACAGGAAGGUUAACUUUAGAAAAUUACAAAGCAAUGCUUGAUUUCCUUCUUACAGCUAAAAAAAGAAAGGCCAACCUGCCAUCAGAUGCUGAAGAAUUUUCUGCAUUUAUUAAUUGCAAAACAAGUGAAGAAAAUAUAUCUAAGACACAAACAAUUUAUGACUCAGAUUCUCUAUCAGGUCUUAGUGCUAAAGAAAAGGAUCGAGCAGCAAACAUGGGUCUGUUGGACCAUUUUAUGAAAAUCUUUUUAUACUGCCGGAGAGCAAUGGUCCUUGCUCAUCGUGGUGGCUAUUGGACUCUGCUUCAGAACUGCUGUCGGGCCUUUUGGAACUUUAAUCAGGAGCUCCAGAUACUACUUAAACAGGCCAUGGAUCUUUACAAAACGUUUCCUAUUAGCCAGGAUGCUUUCCUCUGUAUUUCCGUUUUACCAUUCUAUUUGGGAGCUGAAUUACUUAUUGACAUGUUAAUACAACUACAAAAUAUCAAUUCUAUUAAGUCUGUUGAAGACAGAGGAGAGUUCAGUGUUCCAAGCUGUUAUGGGAAUAUUAAACAUGAUAAUGGUGGUGCUGGCCUUACUUUUGAGCAUCCUUUGGAUGAUGUCAAUGUGGUUGAUUUGAGAUGGAUCCAUGACUUUGUAUUAAAAUCUCUGGAAGUUUUAUACCAAGUGGAGAAAUGGGAAACACUAGUAUCACUUGCCAUUCAGUUCAAUAUAAUUUCACAUGAGAGAUACACAGAACAAGUGACACCACUCCUGGUAUAUGCACAGCGCCAGCUUCUUCUGAGGAUACACAAAUUCAAUGGCCCAGAUGUCACUCAACAACCCUGUGCAAGGUAUGAAGCCGAACAUGGAGAGAAGAUAACCUGCCGAAAUUUCAUUGGGAAGCAGCUCAAGAUUAACCCUCCAGUCAGUACAGUGACAGAUACAAAAAACCGUGCGGAUGCACUAAAGACACUGAUCUAUUCAGAGUACAGCCGAGCCAAGGAGCUCGUCUGCGUGCCCGUGGAUGUGACAGACACUUUGAGAUGUUUCAGAGAGACCCUGGAAAAAUCCAAAUAUCACAACAGAUCAAUCCGCCACAGCAGAAAGUUGCUUUCAUUGUUUCUUGCCCAGACACAAGGUGAGAAAAACAUAAACAACUUAAAAUUCACUUCUGGAAGAGUAGAAUUUUGCCUGGGGACAGAAGAAAUGCACAUGUCCACGCCACCUGACCUUUCUCAAGAGCACUUCAGGGUGUUCAGUUCCGUGGAGAAAAGCAAACUUCCCUAUUCACAGCUGGGAUUGGUAAUUUCUUCUUUUCACCAAACUAUUGAUGUUCUCCACGCAAGCAAUCAAAGAAGUCUUAAAGUUCAGGCAUUGCAUACACUUGGGAAUCUUCUCAUCUUCGCAGGGAAGAAAAGGGCUGCGUUUAAGUGUUGGUGUCAAGCUCUGGAUGACAUAUUCAGAAAAUCAGAUGUGCUACAUACAUGGAAAGAAUUUGGCACCUCACUCAGCCGUUCACGCUCAGGUUUCAAAGACUACAGCGAGGAAUUUCUAUCAAAAGUUGGCAUUUGGGGCUGUUUGCAAGGAGCAAUGGUCUCAGCGAAGAUAGCACAAUUUAUUAAGACCUCAAACAUUAAAAAGAGAACCGACUGUUGCAUUUUGUCUGCCUUACUCUUUCAGGGUUUGCUUAGGACCACACUUCCAAAUCCUAAAAGUGAAUGUACCUAUGCUCAGUAUGAAAUCACUCAACUUCUUCCAGGGAUUGAGCUCUUCUCAGACAGAUACAGGGCUGAUAUUUGCUCUGUGGUUGCAAGUCUGUAUUAUGUUACACGUGAAUUACACUUUGCUAAACAAAAUCUCAUAGUUCUCCCUCUCCUUGCAUUGUACCAAUAUUUUGUUUCUGGAGUUUGCCAAGACCUAGUCAGAAAUCUCGAGGCAAGAAUCCUAAAGAUAGAAGUCCUAAUAGAUUUAGGAUUGUUUUCUGAAGCCUUUUAUGAGAUAUGCCAGAUAUUUUAUGGAAGAAAUAUACCUUGUUCAAUACCCUCUGGCUGUAAAGCUACUGGAAAAAUUAAGUUUUUCCAAUCAUUUGACCCAGGGAAACCUCUUAACAGUAAAGAAAAUAUACAGGCACUUGAAGAAUUAAUUAAUAAAGGCUUCCCUGUAAUUCUGGUUUCAGUUGGCCAACAACAUCUCUUAAAUAAGUUUUAUUUUGUUAAGGCAUACUUUUUUAUAAGUGUGGCUGCAACAAUAAAUUGUAUCCCAGAAACUUCAGUGAAGGUGCUGUACCGUGGACUUACUGCCGAGAAGAGCAAAGUAAAUCUCCCAAACUCAAAAGAGUUAUCUUCAAGGGAGGAUGGAGGCUCAUCUUGUCAACUUACGAAAAUUAAAGAUGAGUUGACUCUUAGCACACUAAAGGCAAUUCUACUGAAUGAAGCUGAAGACAGGCUCAAUUUGCUGGUGUCAGAAAUGGAGCAAGCAGGCCGCAAGAACCUCUCCCAGUGUUCAGCCGGGGAACUGGAGAUCGUGGUGGCGGCCAGGCUCCAGCUGGCGGCAGUUGCCCUGCAGAGACACCGAGCAGCAUACAGUGCUGCAAUAGUAUUUUCCAUACUUAAACUUCUCCAGGAGUCAAAACUUUUAAAAAAGAAAGGAGGACAGGAUUACACAGAAAAUUCCAUCUCUUCAAGAAAUUCUCCUACAGACAAUAAAGACGAUAAUGAGUUUUUAGAUCCUAUUUCCCUAAAUGCCCGAGAAUAUUUCAACAUGCAUCUGUGGUUGAAGUGCCGCUUGGCGCUGGUGACUGCAUUUGUUGCACAGAUUCGUGGCAUUGGAGUUGUGAAAGAGAAUGAUAUGAUGGAUUGUUUGAGCCUCAUUAAUGAAGUGUGUAUGGAAGCAAAAAGUGCAAAUGAUACAGAGCUGCAGGCUGAAUUCUUGAUGCAAGCUGUGAUCCUCGGCCUACAAGAGAAGCAUUUAAAAACAGACAUCAUAAGAAACCUUCAGGAUAUAAUAAAUUUGCUUGAAGGAAGUGAGUUUAUCUCUCCACGAUCUCGGCUGACUCUGGCGAGAAGCCUCAUUUUGCUGGAUGACUUAACAAAGGCUGAGAAAUUCAAGAAAUCGCCCUCUUCAAAGACUGAAAAAUUAAAUUUGUUGAAUCAGGCACACAGCAUUCUUAUUGAACAGAUGAUAAGUUUUGGAGAAACAGUUGAAUUUCCUUUGUCAAACACUGAUUAUGCAAAUCCAUUACAACCUUUGAAAAAUAUCUAUCUUCCUCAUGGCAUGUUACUGGCCAAAAUAAAAAUGAGAAUUGGACAUACGAUGGCCAAGCAAGUGUAUUACAACAGUAGAAAGAAGGACCACUCGAAGUGGUUACCUGCCCUUCAUCUUUUUGAAAUGGCACUGAAGCUCUGUAGGGUAACCGCAGUGGAGGAACAUGAGGUAGAAGCUGAAAUCCUUUUUCAAAAAGGCAAAAUAGAACGCCAAAUGCUGAUGGAUGAGAAAUCUCCAACUACUCAACUUGAGAGUUUAUUUGAAGCUAUACAACUAAGCUUGAGAAAUGACCAAAACCCAGGAUUGAUAAGAGAUUCCUACCUAGAAAUGGCCCUAUUAUAUUUUCAUCUGAAGAAGCCGAAGAGAAAAAUGUCAACAUCACCUUUAACUAUUAAGAGGGAAAUAGACAAUCAAUCAGGAAAAGAAGAAAGCCAGAGCAAGACAGGUGGGAGGGGACGAUGGAGAGGAGAAAGAGAAAUGACUCAGCCUCUUAGAAGACAUAGUUCUAUUCGAGAACCAACAGUCAAUCUAUCUGAAAUGUACAAUUCAUUGGCCUGGAUUGUGAUAAGAGCUGCUGCACAGGUCAGUGAAGCUGUGCUGGCAAUAAACCUGCUUAUUGGAAAGAAGAAUGCUAGAACUGACAAAGUCAACCAAGUGGUAUUACCAAAUAUCCCAGAAUUUGCCACUGUGGAUCUUCUGUCUUCAUAUACAGAUUAUUUGCUUGAUAACUACCAAGUUGUUUUCCAGACUUGCUAUUUCCUUUUGUAUCAAAAUGAUGACAUGUGUGACAACACAGAUCCUAGAGUAAAGGCACAAACCAAAGUGGAUAUUACAUGGGUCCUUCUACUGCGCUACUAUAUUCAUCUUCAAAGAAUUAAUAAUAUGAGCAAACUGUUAGCAUCUGCAACGCCAGUAUCUGGAAUUUCUUUGCCGGAUGAUACACUUCUCACCUCUCUUUUCAACUCUGAAUUGAUUUUACGCCAAAAAGAAAUGCAUUGUUUUCUUAAAAAAUUCCUACAUUUGUAUUCUUCUUCUUGUAUUGAUGAAUUUCCAAAAGAGCUUCUUCAAGGAUUUGAAAAUCCACCUUCUUUAGAAAAAGUCUUAUAUGAAUCAACAACCAAGUUAUAUCGUGACAGUUCUCUACAAUCCGUUUUAUCUUUGUGGCUCCUUGCUAGCCCAUCUUCUGUGGACAUGACGCCAUCAGAUAUAAUAACUCAAGCUUUAAAUAGAGAACUCUGCUUUCAAUGGUACAUUCCUCCCCUGGACAGACCUCCAAAGGAAACAGAACCUAUGGGGGUAGAGAUCUCCACACCUCCAGUUUAUAAAUAAGAAGGCAGGAGAUGCACGUGUAAGUAACUUGAACGUAAUUGCAAAGCGAGUAGUUGGCAGAGACAUACCCAGGCGUGCUGGUUUCUGAAUCCAUACUCAGGACAAUCAUACAAGUGAGUCUAGUUUUAUUAUUAUUUAGAAUUCUGAUCUCAGACUGUUUUUGAAUUCAGUUAUCUAUACCACACCCAGUUAGAAAAGGCUUUAACCAUGUAGUGUGCAUAGCCAUUGACAAGUAGCAGCCUGGAGAAGAGGAAAAUCAUUUUCAUUAUCAGAGGUCAAAUAUGAAGCAUAUUCUCUAUUGACAUUUUUUUGCUCACAUACCUUAGGGAACUUCAUUAGCUCUUACAUUACUGAUGUAAUGCAAAAUUCAGAAACUUGAAGAUAUGUGUUGACAAGUGCUGUAAGCACUGAAAAAGUACAAGGUGUCACUCCUGUAUUCAGGGAUUUUUAUGUAUCAGUCUGGGUGUCAAGAUUAACUAACAAACAAAAAAACAAGUGUAAACACCAUAAGAUAGUAUGUGAUCUUCGCCUAAUCUCUCUGGGACUCAUUUUACUUUUUUUAAAAAAAAGUUUUGCCGAAUUUUCCAUAAUUUGAGAAGGCAAAUUUUGAAAGACCUCUAAAUAAUAUGAAAUAAUAGUCCUCUGCCCAGAACUCCUCGUCCCUGAUUCCCUUCCUCAAAUCUGUUUAUGUUCAACUUUUUCUUCUGCCUUUGUUUUCCUGAUGUCUUUUUAACCAUAUAUCUAAAUCAUACGCUCACAUGACAAUUUCCUGAGCAAUCAGCUUCAUACAUUAUUAUGAAAGAUAAAAGACUGUGUCAACCCCUUUGCCUGUCUCACUCACCGUCGUCCCCUCUGCACAUCUUCCUAAUUGAGUUCCAUCUCAAUUCUUCUUUAAAUCACAGUCCGUGUUACUCUGUGACCAUAAAUCUAACUCACAGUGGAGCCAAAUGUGGUACUAUUUCCUUUCUUCCUGUCUUCUUUUCUGAAGAAAAACGUUGCCUUACCUUCAAUUUAGUUUUCUAAGUACUUUAGAAUCUCUAAUUCCUCCCAAACUUUCAAAGAAAGUUAAAGUAUAGUCAAAUUCAUCAGUUUAUCUCUGAGUUCCAUUUUUCUGUUCUUCUUCUGACUCAUGCUCCAGAUUAUCUAUUUUCUUGGCUCCACUGUUAUCUUCAGAGUCCAUUCCCCUGGGGAAGGGCAUUUGACGCAGCAGUUAAGUCACCCCCUGGACACCCACAUUCCAUAUGAGAGUGUCCAGUUCCAGGCCCAACUCCUCCACAUCCGACUCAACUUCUUGCUAAUGCGCAUCCUGGGAGGCAGCAGGUGAUGUUUCAAAUACCUGGUUCCCUGCCACCCAUGUGGGAAACCUGGAUUGAGUUUUGGGCUCUUGGCAUUGAUCUGACCCAGCCCUGGCCCUUGUGGCCACUUAAUGAGUGAGUCAGCAGGUGGGGGAUCUCGUUCUCUGUCUCUCUGCCUUUAAAUAAAAUGAAAAUCAAUAAUAAAAAAAAAAAAAACCUUAAAAACCCAUCUCUCAUGGAAAAGAAGUCCCAUUCUCCAUUCUCUCAAGAAUUCCUUCAUCAUUCUCUUAGUUCCCUCUGAUUCUCUCACCUGUGUCAGAUGAACACAUCUUCCAGCUUCCAGAGAAAGGUUUAUCAUGCAAAGAAGUCCCUUUGUGGAAGGGACAAAGAUGACAAGGUGCAGACGGCACAGAGCAUCGUUACAGAUCGGGAUCAGCCGGAGCAGCUUUGCACAGGACGUAGUUCACUUGCAGGUCAUGAACCACCAAAAUAGGACCAAAUAUGUAGGGUCCAAGGAAACUGCUCUCUUACGUGGAGGAUAUUUUAU